CUAUGGUUAUGAAAGAGAAAUACAAAGUCAAUGGCGAAAACUUGACACCAUAUGAGGUUGCAAAGAAGCAAUCUAAAAUGGUGGGAGCAGAAUUCUCGGGAGAACCAAUUCCGAAGGGGAAGGACAAAAAUGUUGACCCAAAGAGUGACAGCAAUGCAGAGAAGCCACAAACAAAGGACAAACCAGAUCAUGGAGUGGGAAACCAAGAUGGUCCAGAUGACAGAAAAGGAGGGAAGGGAAAACUAGACUAUUAUGGAGUUAUGAUGACAUUAUCGAUCUUGCAUUUCUGGGCUGGGCCAAAGAGAUCCAAAGUAGAAUAUUUCCGUAUUAAGAGUAGGCCUCCACCAAAAGCGGAAAUCAAGGACAUGGUUAAUUCACUUCUUGUUGUUGCCGUACUGAUCGAAGUGUAACAUUUGCUGGUGUCCUCCAACUACCUAAAAGUGCAGACCAGCCUGGAUGUAGAGCUUCUAACAUCACCUCCAACAAUAUCCAGAUCCAGGGCAUAUCAGAAAUAAAUGAAGGCAUCCUAAGGAAUGUUUAUAUUUAUUUUGACAUGGUAGCCUUGAAUGCCGCGGUCAUGGCAUCGAUAAUCCUUUGUUGGGCUCAACUAUAUGAUGUCAAAGUGGCAGUACAUGCAGUUUGGUUGGCAUCAAUAUUAACAGGUGGUGCUAUCUACUUGAUGUGCUUAGCAUUCGUCUUUGCCGUUGCUAUUGAUGUAGGCAAAAGCUUUGCCUUCUUCGUUGUCACCAUUGUCGUCGGAGGAGCGUUUUUUAUUUUCCAAACCGUGGUUUCUAUUCCAUUAAUUAUUCCGCCGAGUGCCAACCAAAUCAUUGAAAGAAUUGCUUCACCUUUGAUCUAUCUCCUGAUUUUCUACGUACAUUUCCAUUUGGACUGGUUGUAUUUUAAAUUGAAGAAAAAAGAGAAGCCACAACAAACAAAGUCUUCUUGAUAUGAUGCUCUUCGGAUCAGUGGAUUGUGCUUGUUUAAUCAUCGAAAUAAUUUAAUGCUGUUGAUUGUAUUAAUUAUUUGA